CUGUCCCGGUCUUCUGUUUCGCGUGUUUGUGAAGAUGGCGGCUCGCAAAGAGACUUCUCCUGGGACCAGUCUGGAGUCCUCUGUCAAACAGGUUCAGAUUGAAGGCCUGGUCGUGCUGAAGAUUAUUAAACACUACCAGGAGGAGGGCCAGGGCAGUGAGGUGGUGCAGGGAGUGCUGCUGGGCCUGGUGGUGGAUGACAGGCUGGAGAUCACGAACUGCUUCCCCUUCCCCCAGCACACCGAGGACGACGCUGAUUUUGAUGAGGUUCAGUAUCAGAUGGAGAUGAUGAGAAGUCUUCGUCACGUCAACAUCGACCAUCUGCACGUGGGUUGGUACCAGUCCACAUUCUUCGGCUCUUUCAUGAGCCGAGCCCUGCUGGACUCUCAGUUCAGCUACCAGCACGCCAUCGAGGAGUCUGUGGUGCUAAUCUAUGAUCCUAUUAAGACAGCUCAGGGCUCCCUGUCCCUCAAGGCCUACAGGCUGACCCCUAAACUCAUGGAGAUUUGCAAAGAGAAAGACUUCUCCGCAGAAGGAUUGAAGAAGGCCAGUGUGGGCUAUGAGAACAUGUUUGAGGAAGUUCCUAUCGUCAUCAAGAACUCUCACCUCAUCAACGUGCUGCUGUGGGAGCUGGAGGACAAGUCGACUGCCGUAGAAAAGCACGAGCUGCUCAGCCUCUCCAGCAGCUCUCAUCUCGAGAAAAGCCUGCAGAUGCUGAUGGACCGAGUGGACGACAUGUGCCAAGACAUCAGCAAGUACAACAAUUACAGCCGCAGCCUGAGCAAACAGCAGCAGCAGAAACACCAGUACGUCCAGAGGCGUCAGCAGGAGAACGCUCAGAGGCAGAGUCGAGGCGAGCCGCCUCUUCCUGAAGAAGACCUCACCAAGCUGUUCAAGCCUCCACAGCCUCCUCCACGCAUGGAUUCCCUGCUCAUCGCUGGGCAAAUCAACACGUAUUGCCAGACGGUGAAGGAGUUUACUUCUCAGAACCUGGGUAAGCUCUUCAUGGCAGAGGCUCUCCAGGGCCAUAGCAGCUAGAGGACAGCAGAUGCGCUGGUUCUCCUGAGGUGAAUCCUGUAAUUGGUUACGACUAAAUCUCCCUUAAGACGCGAAUGAAGAACUGGAAGAAGGGUCCCCUUGUAUGAAAUUAUUACAUGAAUAUUUGUUUUAACGAACAACUGUUCGUAGGUAUGCAUUUUUAAAAUAUUAUUUAGCACAUGUUUUAGCGACAUUAUGUAAGUUGGACCAAUAAAAAGAAAGCAGAAUUACUCUUUUAAGGUUUUGUAAAAGGAGAUUUGACUAAAUUUAAUAAUUAAAUGGAUUGUGCCCAAUCUUCA